ACGCCUGCUGCCGCCGGUAUCGACAUUUCGCGAUUACGUUUUGAAUGCCGUUGGCAAAACUGUGGCAAGGUCUUUCGCAGACCUAGUGAUUUGACCAAACAUGAGAGGUACCACAUUAAGGAGUACCUCUGCGACGAAGCAAACUGCGACAAGGCCUUUGCGACCAUGAAGGACCUGAAGCGGCACAAGAAGACGCACGAGACGCUCGACGGCGACGGCGCGGGCGGGGGCUACAGGUGCCGCGUCCCCGGUUGCCGAAAGGCGAAGACGGGACACGUGUACAACCGCCGCGACAACUUCGUUCGUCACCUGCGGACCAAGCAUGUGGGCAUGGACAUUGAUGUCAGGGAG